UUCACGCUCUAAUUCAAUCGCGUUCAAAGAUGUAGGUCACCUAGAGGCAAAUGGCGUCAGCAAACAUGGGUGUUUCAGUCAACAACUCACAAACUGAUGCGCUGUCAUUUGUACUGGAUCAAUUUCUUCCUUUAUCUCUUCUUAAAAAUGCAGCGUCGAAUAGUCGUGUUAAUGCUGAAAUGACUAAAAUCGUAAUUGAGACGGUGGUCGGGGCAAAAGACCCAAACGCUGGAAAUUCGUCUCUCAAUGUCGUUGGCAGCCAGAGCGAUGGAUUAGCAAUUCCUAGUCAUUUUAUCUUUCCUGGUGAUUUCUUUCAAGGAACAGGACUCAGUGACUCGGUAGUGGACACUUCACAAGCUAAACUGAUUACCAGUGACCUAGACAUAAUGACGGUAGUUAGUCCUGAGUUGGUAACGUCAAAUGGUAAAAAGUGCUGCAUUUUUCAUGUAGAAAAUACAGAUGACCCAGUGUACGUCAGGCUGAAAAUCACACCCGAUUUAAAAGAAUUGAUCAAAAUCGAACAUAACGACAAUAUUGAUAAUGUGAUGUACCUGAGUACAACACCUUUGACCCGAACAGGUAUCACGACGUGCCUGAAAGCCUAUGGGAAAUCGGGGUUCAUAGACCUGAUUACCAUACAAGGACCAGCCGUAACAGUAUCUCUUUCUACUCUUCAUGAAAGUGGAUAUUUGGUUCCGAACUUGAACUUUGACAAUGUAACAGCAUUCGCCUGCCAAAGGCCUCAGGCCUUUCAUAAGUGGGAAAGGAGGUCCCGCAAAAGUGGAUGGCCAAAUAAAGAAUUGAUAGAUCAAAUUGGCCGGUGUGAUUGCGUUUUGGUGCCCGUAGGAGCGCGCCUCGCGGACACUUUUCAGUGGAGAUAUUCAUUUUCCAAAGCAGAGAGUUUACUUGCACAGACACUGACACUUAAACAAAGAAGAUGUUUUGUCAUUUUUAAGCUCAUAAAACAGUAUUAUAUUUGUUCUAAAACGGGAACUAAUGCCCUCAGCUCGUAUCACCUGAAAACAGUGCUUUUCUGGGCAUGCGAAAAAGUACCUGCGACAUUUUGGUCAAAUUGCGGAGUCGAUUUGAUUAUGCAGUACUUGCUGGGUGAAGUUCUUCAUUACUUAUCCAUUGGUUAUUUGCCACACUACUUUCUUAACGACAGCAAUCUUUUUUCAAAGGUACCGCCCAAAACUCUGCGCGUAUUAGCAAAGUAUGCCUUUCAGGCAAAGGCCAAAUGUUUUGAUGUCAUUUGUGAGAUCGGAAGGCGCCUUAGAUUUACUUACAUGACUGGGAUACCUAACCCAGAUGUCUUGUACAGAGAUAGUUGUCAAAAGUACCCGAGGUUUUCACCCAGAUUUGUAUCACUGCACAAAAUAGCAUUCAGUUACCUGUACAAUAUCAUGAUGCGGACCCAACCCACCAAAGAUGCGGCAGAUUAUACUCCACGACAGAACAUUCCACAAAAAGACACUGCCAUCUGUCCGGUAAAGGGAACCGAAGCACAUGUUACCUGGGAUAAGUUACAGGCUGUAUUGACAUUAUCUGAUUGUUUGUUAGAGAUUUUUACGCAAAUGGCGGAAACAGAACUGGGUACGAGUUUUGGCUGUUCAAGUUCACACUGCUCCCCCGAACUUGAAAUGUUGAUCGGUUACAGUGCCGAAAAAAUGGUGGACUUUCGAGUAUCUUUUUCGACAGCAGCAUGGAUUAUUGACUAUUUUUGUGUGAAACUUGAGGUCAGCAUUUCCACUAAUGAGAUAUUGCGUAAAGCAUUUCAAGUUUCCUUCGAGGAAUGCGCGCGCGGCGUUGCACUCACGAAAAGAGAAACUUCAUGGGCUUCCUCUUUUCGUAAAGCACUAGAACAAGGUGACGUGCGCCAGCAAAUGAUAGACCUGCCAACCGUAAAUAGAGUUUUUGCAAUGCAACAUUAUGAACAAAUGAUUGCUAAAGUUUUGGAGGCUGAAUGCGGGACUUCUACGACGCACCUUAAGAUGGAAAUUGAAUCCCUACCUGUUGUGUCAGCGACUAGAGCGAUAUUUGAAGAGAAAGCUAGCAUCUUCUUUAAAACUGCCGUUUCCGAAAUAUUUCAAUCUCUUCAAAUCCCAGUUUACGUAAUAAGCAGUGCAGACGAUAUUGAAACUCUUUACGAAAGAUACUUCAUUUUGUUUGAGCACAUAUUAGUGGGAUAG